GGUCCAAAUUGAUGGAAGGCAGUCAAGUAUCGCGUUGCAAAUAACGAACAUCGUACAUCGAGUGCGCGACAAGUGAUUUUUCCUACGCGCGAGAUUUAUUCGACCAACAUGAAUCGGGAAUGUCGCGCGAAGUGUCAAACGGUUAUGGUGUCGCAUAUUAAUUCGCUUCGCGACUGAAUGAACGUGGAAACAAUAAAGCGAGGGUGGGAUGACAAAGCGGAAAGCCGGUGAAUGAACGAAGCCGGAUCGCAGUAAUUAAUCUCUUUUUUUUCCUGCGAUUUUCGUGAAAAUAGCUGCGUUUUUUCGAUCGUGACGCGCGAGUGUUCGAUACGCGCGAAUAUAUGCGGAACAGUGAGCGUUCGAAUCAUCGGGAGGAAGAAUCAACUGUGCUGCAACGGCUGUCGAGGAUCAGAAAAGGACAGCUCCAUCAAGCUCCAUCUUUCUCGCUCCAACACUUCGCUUUUACAUGCAAAUCGGAUGCGGAGGAAUAAUCACGAAUUCUCGAAAUCCACGUGUACACCCUACCGCAAGAUGACAUAAGGAAUCAACCCUUAAAAGCCCGGUCGUCGCGGCAACAACCCUAGAUUUCGAUUUUUUCUCGCUCGCGUGUACUCGACAGGAGCGCCUCCGUCGUUCGCCGGAGUAAUAUCGCGAAUCGGAGUGGUUGAACGCCGUCUGGAGCGGGAAACGAAGAGGGAAAGAGGAAGAGUGAGAGGAAGACACGGGAGAGGGAAUGAAAUUUCCGUUCGUGGAAGCGAGAAAGGACGAUCCGGCGCGCACGCAGGAGGGGCUGCUGGUGCUUGCUCUCGCAAAAGAGAGAGAGAGCGACACGACUGGGCAGAUGGUGGAGCGCGAGGUGGAGACAGGACAGGCGCUUUCGUUCGCCUUUCGUUCGUUCGGGGUUUUGUGUACUCGCGAGCGAGCGAGCGGGCGCGCGCGCGCGACCGAGCGAGCGGGCCGCGAACGUUACUUUCGAUUUCGUCGAGUUCGAGGGAGCCGCCGGCUCUCCAGGAGGCGAGCACGCGAGUAGUGGUGUCUCUACCUCGCGACAGAGUGUAUAUCGUUCGCGCGUCGUCCUACAAUAGGUAGAGCCGCUGUCAAAACGAGUGUCGCGCGCGUGAUACUGUAUUGUUGACGCACAGGUGUCUACGAUUUACGUCAGAGAAGAUCGGCGACAGGUGGUGCACAGUGGGAAUGGAGAGACGUCGGUUUUCACAGAAGGCUAACAGGAUCCUUUCACGAAUCGGGCGAUCGGCACGAAAUACGGCGCACGAGAGCAUGUAUACCUCGGAUAUCACCCGGAGAACGUAAUCUUGCACUCUCUUUCUCUUUUUCUCUCUCUCUCUCUCUCGCGUCACCGCCUCCCUCUAUCGAAUCUUAUAUCGUGCGCGCGCGUGCUUUGACCGUAUGCUCCGGCGUGUCAUCGAUUUUUCGGCGAUAUUGUGUUAGACCCGAGUCUCGCCGGUCGGAAAUCGCGAACGGGAUUAUGAGGAGGAUUAACGGUAGCGCGUGAAGAGAGGCUGGUACGCGCGCAAACGAGGCAGUUGGUCGUCGUCUCGUGUUCGCGAGAGACGAAGAAGAAGGCGGGAGAGAAAGCAAUACGCGGAGAGAGAGAAGGCGAGAGCCAUCGACGGCGCGCGUCCAACAUGGCUACCGCCGGCAGCAGCAACGCCGGCAACGAGGCAGCAGCGGCGACCGGCAGCAGCAACGUGCCGCAAUGGAAGCGGGACCUGAUCCAACGUCGUCGUCAGCAGAGCAAGGUCCUCGCGAACAACGGCGCGAGUGUCAAGCUGUGCAGCGCGGUGAUCGGCGACCAGAACAUCGUCGUCGAGGAGCAUUGCCGCGGCACGUUUCGCGCCUGCCAGCGCUUAAUAACAACAUCAUCGGCAACGACGAGCGGCAGCGAGGACACCGCGACCGUCGCGGCUUGCGGCACCGGUGCUAGUGCCGACAAUAGCGGCAGUGGCGCGCUGCUCUCGUCCCCCUCCAGCUGUCUCGCGCGAAGGCCGCCGCUGAUUGGUGGCGCCACCAGCGGCGCCGGCGCGACGUCAGCGGUCGCCGACUUCGCGCCGUCAGUCGCGUACAACAUGCGUCUCGAGGCGGACCUGUCGCUCUGCUCGGACGCGGAGGAUGUUUUGAACGGCGCGCCGAACAAGUUCGCGGACGAGAGCAAGUUUUCCGAGUACGAGGAGGAAAGAGGUGCGCUCGCGAGGAUGAGCGGCAACGAGAUUCGCGCCGUCGUGACCGGGACAGGACGCGGGAAGGACAUUCUCGGGGGAAAUCGUACGAGCGGUCGGCGUCGACCCGCGUCGACGACCGGCGAGGACGCGGAGAGCGACAGCUCCGAGGAGCUUCAGUACGGGCCCGGGAUCGUCAACAAGUUGAAGAGUAAGUAUCUUAACCUAACUCUGCGCGAGACGAACAAGAGUCGCGCGUCCGUGCAGCGGUUUCGACGGGCGGCCAGUCUCGAGGAUCUUCUGGACCGCGAGGACGACGACGCCGCGUCGUCCUCGUCGACGUCGGCUCAGCAUCCGGAGAAGCAGAUCGCGAUCGGACAUCGGAAAUACGCGAAGCGGAACAGCGGAGGCGGCGUCGUCGCCUCCAAGACCGAGAGGUACCGAAAUGCCACGCGGGGCAACGACUCGAUGAAGCGGGCGCGCAGCGUCGAGACCUUGAUGAGGUACAACAGCGUGACGACGGAGGAUCCGGUUACGCGCCAGCUUGUUGUUCCGGUCGCUGCGCGACCGGCGACGAACGGCGUGCGUCAGGAGCCGGUCAACGACCACAUUAUUCUGGUGGAUCGCACGUCCGUGAAGAUCGAGAGUCGCCUGGGCGAGCUCGAACGCCCGAAACCGAUCAACAAACCCAAGAGGAUCAAGCCGGUGCUGGCGGAAACGGAACGGCCGCCGCCCGAUCUAGUCAAGACCACGAUGAGGAUCUUCGAAGGCUCCGCGAAGAAGGUGAGACCGAAGGGCGAGGUCGCCGCGAAGGUCGCGACCUUCAAGACCAUCAACGACACGUUCAAGGCGCAGAAGAAGCUGUUGCCGAAACCCCCGUUGCAGCCGAAACCUUUUAUCAACGGCGGUGCUCGUCCGGGUGGUCUCGGUUCUCCGAAGAAGAUCGUGUUGCCCCAUAAACCGACGGCGGAGCUGAUCGAGACGCAGACCGGCAAGGAGGAGUAUCACAUGGAUGGCGUCAUCACGGAACCGAUCGCGCAAUCGGUGUUCUCGGUGGUGAGCAAGUUCCAGCAGAUCGAGAAGUCGCAUUCACCCUCGCCGUCCCCGGAACCCUCGUCUUACAAGCUCAAAUUCUCGCCGGCGAACAGUCCGGAGCCGCCGCCGCAGAUGUGUAAGCUGUCCAAGUCUACGGCUACUCUGGAGAUCGCUAUUAAAUCACCACCGGCUACGCCGGUGCACUCGCCUAGGAUCUCGUCGCCUAGAUUGCAGAGCCCGCCCUCGCCGUCGAUCAGAGAUCAAGCUCGGCAGGGCUCGCAGAGUCCGUCCUCUCCCGUCAAAGAUUCGAUUCGGGUUCAGAUCCCGAAUCCGUUCCACAAACCGCCACUGCCGAGUCCCGUCAGGGAAUCCACCAAGACCCCGGAGCCGGAAUCGUUCAAAGUUCCUCGUCCGCAGAUCGAGAAGGAGCCCUCGCGGACGAAUGUCGAGAGUCCGGAACCGAGUCGAGUAGCGUCGUCCAACGAUGCCGAGGAAGAGGAGAUCGUCGACGGGCCGAGGACCAUCUCCAAGCACGCCCUGGACAACAUCGGUAAAGCCGGCAUAACGAUGCAGUUCAACUUUGGGGACAAAUCCGCGAUGGACAAGCCUUAUCUACCCGGUGCGAAGCAAAACGGGCAGAGAUCGGUGGAUGAGCGAGUACUCGAAGACGAUCCUUGCUCGAAAGCGGAAUCCAGGAGCAAGAUCGUUUCUUCGGACGCGUCCGCCGGCGUCCUGACCUCGGAGACGACCCACAGAUUGCAGGAGAGACUACUCGAGCAGGACGAUAACAAGGAGGAGAUCGAGGAGAAACAGCUGAUCGUGCCGGAGAGCAAACCCAUCGGCGCCAUCUGCAGUCUGGGUCUGAUCAAGACGUAUCCGCAGAGCAACAACGAGGCGAAGACGUUAAGGUGCCAGCAGAAGAGCGAGUUCUCGCCGCCCCAGAAGCAGAUCGGCAUCAUCCGGCCGCUGGUCUCCACCCAGAAGACUCUGCAGCAUCCGCAGCAGAGUCUGAGCAACCGCGAGCUCGAGAAGAACCUGAUCAAUCGAGUCAAGAGCAUCGAGCAGCCGACCAAGGUGGUGGUCAGCCUGAAGAGCGCCGACGAGAUACAGCCGACGAAGAAGACGAGUGCAGGAGGCGGAGGCGGCCUCUGGGACACGAAACCAUGGAACCAGCAAAACAACACGAUGGUGUUCAACUUCAGUAACCGAAAGGACGUGCCGGAUUACAUCGAGAACGACGGCCUCAUCAUCAAUAAGAGGAAGCGAGACAAGCCGAAGGUUGGUGACGGCGGAAUUAUAGUGCUCGAUGCCACUUUGGAUGCAUCUACGACCGACGAUGCCGAGUGGGAGAUCUCCGGGGGUCCGCCAUCACCCUGCGAUGUAUCGUUUCUCAACGACAAUGUCCUCAUCAACGGACGCAGCAACCUCUCGAGGACGCCACGAAAUCAUAAGCAUCGAAUACAGUUCGACGACACCGCGACUCGCACCUUCGAGUAUCCUAGCGAAGCAUCGAUCCUCGAAGGAGAGACCAGUAGUGUGGAUGGAGAAACUUCCGGUUCCAUCGAGCAUCAGUCUACGACGAGCAACAACAAAACCUCCUCGACGACGACAAGUAUGCCGUCUCUUCUCGGUAGCAGUGGAUUAGCCAGUUACACACCCAGUAAAGUGGAUCUGACGUCGGAAGGUUUCGAGCUGGGUAUCACCAGAGCGGCACCGAUGAUAGUUUCUUCGCCAACAGCAGCAACCGGGAACACUGAAAAUGCUAGCGAUGUGGAAUACUUGAGACCGGCUCAGGACGCAGGCGCGUGGGGUUCGGAAACGACCGGGGAUCUUCUUUAUUGAAGAGAUAAUGGAAGAAAUGCAAACUGCAAGCUUUACUCCAUUAACAGCUCAACGUCCCCCGCAGCAAUAGAAUGAAAGAAACUUAUAAGACUUGAAAAGUAUUUCCUCUUUUUUUCUAGCGUCGACGAAAUCGCGAGAAACCGCAAACUCAAACAUCAAUGUUAUAUCGAAGUUUAUAAUAAAAAGAUUUAUGACGAAUGCUCACACAAUUAUAUAAAGAAAAUUUUUUGUAGAAAACGAGUUAGACGUCGCGUUUGUGAUCGGACGAAUAUGCUGGACCACAAAUGAGUUUAAGUACAUAUAUUUGCAAUUAAGCUGCAGAUGAACUUUUUUUCUUCGAUUACGAAGAAAAUCAAAAAUGCGAUCUCCGUUCACGAACGCCUCGAAAAAGAUAUAUAUUGAAAAAGUCGAGUUUAUUUAGAUUAAGAAAGAACUAACAGUAUCAUUCCAAGUAUAUGCAUUUACUUUGUAUUUAUGCUAUAUCAAAUGAAUGGACUUUUCCUAGACAAUGAAUCAUCGAAACUGCCAAGAAACACGAGCGCUGUCUCUUUUAUAGUAACAUUCGGAAGGAAAAGCUCAGUGAUACUGAUACUUUGUUGUGUAGAGAAAAAAAAAUAAGAAAGAGAGCAUAUUAUCUUUCUGGCAUACUAUAUAUGAUAAAAAAAAAAAGAAUUAAUGGAGAAAUCGAGAGUUUUGUAACUUUUUUGAGAUUACUUUAAUGUUAAGCUGUGAAUGUUCAAGCUGCCAGUAAAAGGCCAGGGUUUUAUGCGAGUUUUUGUAGAAAAAGAGACGAACGAUUGCAUGUCUCAGAGAUUCAAUGAGAGGGAAAAGAAGUUCAAGAGAAACAUUUCGAGUUUAGAUUUGUAAACGUUUUUGCCAAAGUAGAACGUAAGUCUACUUAGUAUAUUUAAUAAUGUAUAUGUACAAUAAGUGUUUCAGAGUUCGGCAAAACUGUAAGAAUUGUAAAUUUCAAAACACAUUGUCAUUUGUACCGAAUAUAUAGCAAAUCAUACUAUAAGUAUGCCUUGCAAAUAAGUUAAGCCAUUACAGCAUAUGUGUUUUUCACAUUUUAAGGUUGCAUUUAUUUUUCAAGUAUAUAUAAUACAUGAAACUAAUAGCUUUCUCCAGCAUAGGAAGCAUAAAAGAGAAAGACAGUUUAAUAUUAAUUGUUAUUUUUAAGCGAUUAAAUUUUGUAUAUACUAAAUUGUUAUGCGAAUCUAAAAAGCCAUCUGAGAUAAGUUAAGUCAAAAAUUCGAAAGACAAAGAAAAUAAUAUUGCUUUAAGAUUAGCUUUCUUGUAUUAUCUUCGUUUUUCUUUUUGUGUUAACUUUUUUCUAUUAUCUAUUGCAGCGUCUCAGAUGCAUUACUACAAAUAUUUGAAAACAUUGUUUUGAAUCAUAGGUGUUAAAUUUUCGUGUAGUUAUUUAAAAAUGUACGAUUGUAGCAAUAUAUGUAGUUAAUAUGAUUAUAAUUUUAUGACUUGGACAAUGAACGAAUUCAAGCGAAAAAAUUCGAUAAGAAAAUAAUUUAUUACAAAUAUGUAUUAAAUAUUAUGAAGUUGUAUGAAGUAAAACUACUGUCGCGUUUUGUUAAAAUUUCAAAUAUAUUUACUCUUUAUUUAGAUGCUGUAUAAAUUCGUCAAAUUUUUUUGCAAUGUAUUGCAUUGUUCAAAAGACCUGUUCUUGUGUCACAGCGUGGUAUCUUAUAUUGUGAUAUUUUUGUUAAUUUUUCUUAGUAUAAAACAUUAUUCCCAAUUUUUUGUCAGAUAUAUGUAGUAAGUCAUCGAUAUUCUUUGUAUAUCUCAUUGUUGUAAUACAUGAGAACACAGCGAGGAAAUGAAAAGAUUGCAUUUGCGCAACAUUCCAAAUUCAAAUCGUGUAUGUAUAAGUACUUUUCAUUUUCAGAUUUGUCAAUUAUUCAUUAAUCCGUUGUAAUCUCCUUGCUCCAAUACAGGAGAGAGCUGUGUAACAGUUUUGUAAAUUACCAUUGUACAGUAUCACAAGAUACCAUCUUUCGAGUAAACAAUAAUAAGCAGAAACAAUUGUGAGGUGACUAUUAAUUAUUGAGAGAAGCUUGAAUAUGUACAUUUCUCUCUCUAUAAAUAUAUAUUACUACCUUUUUAAAUAUACUUAUACCAUGUAAAAGUAUCGUGUGAUGUACUGUCUGUGUGUUACUAAAUAUCAAAGUAAUAAAAAAAGACAAUUACUCCUUA